AUGCGUUCCUCUCAAAAAAGAAAGCAUUCAACCGCAGUGUCUCGGUAUCGGCUACCACCCAUUACACCUCAUACCACUGGAUCGAGGGGUGGUCAGGAUGCUCGCCCAUCGAGCCAAGCAUUCACUGUGUUUAGAGGCCCAGUCUACCCACCAGCUUCCUCAGCGGCUCAGCAACCGCAGACUCCAUUUCCAACAGAAAGUCAGAUUGGAGCUGAAGGUAAUGAGAGAUCUAUUGAGGAUGAUGAUGCUGGUCACAUCAUUGCUGCCAUGGACAUGAAAGACUACGGCACGGUGGGAUGCUCAUACUACUCUGCAGAAGAGGAGAAGCUUUACCUCCUGGGAGACUGCAAGCUGGGGGAGAUGGAGACCAUUAACGCUUUGAUUCUUCAGAUCAGACCUACUGUGAUCUUGACGCCUCCUCGAGUCGAUGUGCUCAAUUUCCAAGGACAGAAUCUCGCCCACGAUAACGAUUCAUCGUCAUAUCUGCCCUACCAAGUUGAAAUUCGUCCUUCGCAAGAGUUUGCAUAUGCCAACGCAGAGAGCAAUCUUAUCGCUUUAGAAAUAUCAUCUUCCCAUGAGGAGCGACUUCGCUUCUUCGUACCCCAGAAUGGUCUCGACGGGCCCGAUGAGGAGACGAACCCGGAGGACAUGGGCUUCACGCUUCACGAAGGAAGGUUUCUACACAUCUCCAGCUCUGUCGAGAUGGAGAACACAGUAACUGUCGGCUGUGCUGGGGCAAUUCUUUCAUACCUACAGAGACGACGAGCUGAGACGAACAUCGGACCAAUCCGAACCGAUCCUUUUAGGAUCAGGUGGAUCGGAAGCAAUACACUUCUCUCCCUUCAAAUUGUACAGUCCGAGUCGCACCCAAACAUGUUCAAUCAAGGCCCAGGCAAAAAAUCGGCUUCUAGGAAAGAGGGCUUCUCUGUCUAUGGCCUUUUCUGUCGCUUUGCAUACACGACACAGGGAAGAGCCAGACUUAAGCAGAUGUUUUUUCGCCCAAGUCUCAACCUUGAGACAAUUCGAGAGCGGCAUGACUUCAUCGCGAUUAUCUCAAGACCAGAAAACCUGACAGCCAUCGAAAGAAUGACAAAGGGGUUGAAGCAUGUCAAGAACCUGCGGCCUGUGAUGGUCAACCUUCACAAAGGUGUUAGCACGGGGAGUGGAAAGAUCGCUGGAUUCAAGUCCACUGUGUGGGCAAGUCUUCUAGCCUUUGCGUUCUACUCGAUUGACAUCCAUGAUGCACUUCGUCAGACUUCAGGGGCGGAUGGGCUGGCACUCCAAGUACUUGAAGCAGCGCAGCUCCAUCGAGUCGGACGAAUGAUUCAGGAGAUUGUUGACAUUGACAACUCUGAAGAGCAAGGCCGGACAGUGGUCAAACAAGGUCUUGAUCGAGAGCUCGACAAGAUGAAAGACCGAUACGACGGCCUCAACAGUCUUCUCAAAGCCGUGGCCAUUGAGAUUGCAACCGCAAUCCCAGCAGAGCUCGACAUUGAAGUGAACGUGAUCUAUUUUCCUCAACUCGGCUUCAAUAUUGCCAUCGCCCUCAAUGACAGAAGGGAACCCGCCUAUUCGGGCGCUAUUGGAGAUUGGGAGCUGGUAUUCACCACAGAGACCAGAGCUUACUUCAAGGACUUUCGCAUGCGAGAGCUGGAUAUAAAGCUCGGUGAUAUCUAUGGGCUUAUCUGUGAGAAAGAAAUCGAAAUCGUUUACGAUUUGGCCCAGAGGGUCCUUCAGUAUGAGAAUGUGCUGAUUGAUGCAUCUGAUAUCUGUGGCGAGAUGGACAGCCUCCUUGCCCUCACACAGGCAGCUAGCUUUUUCAAGCUUACACGGCCACGGAUGUUGGCGCAUCAUGGUAUCGAGAUCAAGGGGGGCCACAUUCUCCAAGAACUCACCGUUUCCUCAUACGUCCCAAAUGACACCUUCCUCGCUGCUAGAGGGGAGGCUGCAGUGAGCAAUGUGGCCUCUUCAUCGGCAGACCAUGUUCCCAGCAUGCUGGUAUUGACAGGGCCAAAUUACUCUGGCAAAAGUGUCUAUAUGAAGCAGGUUGCCCUCAUUGUUUACCUUGCGCAAAUUGGGAGCGCAGAGCUCGGUAUAACAGACAAGAUGUUGACCAAGAUCAACACUCAGGAGAGUGUUUCCCAGAUUCAAAGUACUUUCAUGAGUGAUCUGCAGCAGAUCUCGCUUUGUCUCAAGCAGGUCACUGGUCGAAGCCUGGUUCUCAUUGACGAGUUUGGUAAGGGUACAAGUGAAAGUGACGGAAUAGGUCUAGCCUGUGGGAUUCUCGAGCAUCUACUCAAUCUUGAAAAUGCUCCAAAGGUCAUCGCUGCCACUCAUUUUCACGAAAUUUUCGAGAAUAACUUUCUUGGACCACAUCCAAGAUUGCAGCUCGGGCACAUGGAGGUCAAAGUCUGUGAAGAGUUUCAGGAUGUCGAAGAUCAGGUCACCUAUCUUUAUAACUUUCGUCCGGGUGUCAGUAGCAAGAGCUUUGGUACCAUCUGCGCUGCAAUCAACGGGAUCGACGCGGCCAUUGUCUCCCGCGCAAAUGAGAUCGCAGUUCUCGCAGCCCGAGGCGAGAAUCUUGUUGUUGCAUGUGCCACGCUAUCCGUUGAAGAGAUGCAGACCCUUCAGCACGCGAACACAAUGGCGCGAAGUUUUCUCAAAGUAGACUUCUCUCUAGAGAAGGGAUCCGGUCGCGACGCGAAGACAAUUCUGGAAGAUUUAUUCCAGCCAACAGAGUAA